AUGCCGCUUGCCUCGCAUGGCUCGUUACAUCAGGACAGGAUGAGGUAUCCGAGGUACUACGCAGGGCAGGGACACAUCCACAAUGAGCAAAACUCACCACCAUUUAUCUACACCGGUCCGCGGUUGCAAAGCGUGUCUGGUUCGCGCAAGGCGAAGAAAGUGCUUGGACUUGUUGCCCAGUUUGAGCGGCGCAGUGGAGAAGAGGAGGAAAGAGGUGGGCCGAUCAAGGCACAGCGGACGCUGGGACUCGUCACCGAUCUGCCACGUGACAGGAGAUCGUGGAGGAAGUCGUCAAGCGGCGACUUCGAGCAGAAGCUCGCGCAGGCAGAGAAGGAAAUCAGACGCUUGUCACGGAUGCAGGAUCUAGCCGUUGACCCGGACGAGGAAUACGGUGCGACGGCGGACGACGAACAAUCCGAUGAAGAAGAGCACAUCGAUACUCACCAAAUACCCCCGCAAGACGAAGAAGAAGAAGAAGAAGCAUCCCCCCAAGACCCCGAGAAGCUUCCCUUUUUGGAAUUGCCCAUCUCGCAAUCCCCCCAACAGCUUACCUUCCCGCGUGCACCCAUCGAACUCGAUGCCGGGCCCGACCACGAACUUCUCCUCCCACCGCGCCGGCCCCGCGCCAGACCGCACUCGUACACUUCGCCGCGUUUUAGCGAUCGACCGAAGAACAAAAUUGCUUCUUCACGCUCGCGGGGUUUGAGCUCGCCGCCGAACUUCUCGCGUCCAUUGUCGGGCUUCGCGCCGAAGGUUGUCCCAGGGGAGCACAUGGAGCGCGAUCCGCUGAGCAUACGGUUUAGUGACGUAGAGGACGACCCGCGGUCGCCGAUGAGUCCUAUUGGCGGCACCUUUGUCUCCAACGAGAUCAAAGCUGCGCUCGAGAAACUCGAGAUGGGUAUUGGUAGGACGCGUGCGAACUCGCCCAUGCCCUCGUCACCUCCUCCGGCGCCGAAACGCGCGAGUAAGCCGCGGUGGUCGAGUCUGCCUGUGUCGCUGAUGAGGCUCGCGCAUAAGCGGAAAAGUUCUAGGAAUUUGGAGGACGGGCUUGGUCUGGUGGGAGGCAAAGAGAAAGAGAGGAAGCAGGUUGUUACGCUUACGGAGGAGAACCUGCAACGCUGGGAGGAUAGUGUUGGGUACGUGCCUAAGAUGUACAACCGGCACGGGUACGACCACUUGACAGCACCGGUUGAGUUGGAUGUCGCCGUUCCGCAUGUCAAAACGGCGUCCCCGCGCCCAGACGCGAUAGCUCUAGCAGCCGCACAGGGCCAGAUGCUCACCCCGCCGCUGAGCGUAGGCGUCUCCCUCUCGCCGCCUGUGUCGCCGCCGUUUUGGAGGGGUGAUAGGGGGUGUAGCCCCAUCGCCGGAUUAUCAUCGCCCUCCUUCACGCCAACACACACACAAACACCUACCCCAACCCCCACUCUUUCGUCCCGACGCCCACCCCAUCUUCCCAAACCUUCCGCAGCUCCACAACCUCCACCCUCCUCCGUCGCUUUCCCGACCCUCCCUCGCCGCAUGUCCCCACUACGCGCCUCAGCCUUCGCAGUCGCUCGCCCAGCAGAAAGAGCUGCUUGGGCGUGCGCCGGCGCCUGA